GGAGUGGGUGUGGCCGCCCGGCGCCUUUAACACAGAUGCGCUCCUGCGCGCGCCCUGCGUUCAGCGGCGAGCGGACACGGUCUGACGGAUCUGCGAGCACCAUGACUUCCCCCAGCAACACCUACGACGUCAUCGUGGUCGGCGCCGGCAUUUCAGGUUUGAGUGCGGCCAAACUGCUGAAAGAGAGCGGGCUGAAUCCUGUGGUGCUGGAGGCCAGGAACCGGGUCGGUGGCCGAACCUUCACUGUGCGGAACAAGGAAACCAAAUGGGUUGAUCUGGGCGGGGCGUACGUGGGACCGACCCAGAACCGCAUCCUUCGCUUGGCCAAAGAGUACGGCAUCAAGACCUACAAAGUCAACGAGCAGGAGAGCCUGGUCCAUCAUGUCAAUGGGAAGUCCUACCCCUUCAGAGGCUCCUUCCCUCCCAUGUGGAACCCCCUCGUCGUGCUGGAUUUCAACAACCUCUUCAGGACCAUGGAUGAGAUGGGAAAGGAGAUUCCACAAGAAGCCCCGUGGAGAGCCCCCCACGCUGAGGAGUGGGACAAGAUGAGCAUGCAGCAGCUCUUUGAAAAGAUCUGCUGGACCAGUGCUGUUCGCCGCUUCGCCACACUGUUCGUCAACGUGAACGUGACGUCCGAGCCCCAUGAGGUGUCAGCUUUGUGGUUCCUUUGGUACGUCAAACAGUGUGGAGGAACCAUGAGGAUCUUCUCCACCACAAACGGAGGCCAGGAGAGGAAGUUCCUGGGCGGAUCUGGUCAGAUCAGUGAGGGCAUGGCCAAGGAGCUGGGUGACCGGGUCAAGCUGGAGUCCCCGGUUUACAGAAUCGACCAGACUGGAGACAUGGUGGUGGUGGAGACGCUGAACAAAGAGACCUACAUGGCCAGGUACGUCAUCGUGGCGACUCCUCCUGGUCUGAACCUGAAGAUGCACUUUAACCCAGAGCUGCCGCCGCUCAGAAACCAGCUAAUUCACCGCGUGCCCAUGGGCUCCGUCAUCAAGUGCAUGGUGUACUACAAAGAGAACUUCUGGAGGAAAAAGGGUUACUGUGGAACCAUGGUGAUCGAGGAAGAGGGGGCUCCGAUUGGGCUGACACUAGAUGACACGAAGCCGGAUGGGUCUGUGCCUGCUAUCAUGGGCUUCAUCCUGGCUCGCAAAAGCAGGAAGCUGGUCAGCCUGUCUAAAGAAGAACGGCUGAAGAGGAUCUGUGAGAUCUACUCCCGAGUGCUGGGCUCAGAGGAGGCUCUGCAUCCGGUUCAUUAUGAGGAGAAGAACUGGUGUGAGGAGGAGUACUCUGGGGGCUGCUACACCGCCUAUUUCCCUCCUGGAAUCCUCACCCAGUUUGGCAAAGUUCUGAGGGAGCCGGUGGGCAGGCUGUUCUUCGCCGGCACAGAGACCGCCACAGAGUGGAGCGGAUACAUGGAGGGGGCCGUACAAGCGGGAGAGAGGGCAGCCAGAGAGAUCAUGAGUGCGAUGGGUAAAAUCCACCAGAAUCAGAUCUGGCAGCCGGAGCCUGAGAGCAUGGACGUCCCAGCACUCCCGUUCCACACCACCUUCUGGGAGAGGAAUUUGCCUUCCGUGGGCGGUCUAAUGAAGUUCAUGGGGGUCUCCAGCUUCCUGUCUGUGGCCGCAGCAGCCGGCUUUGUGGCCUACAAGAAAGGCCUUCUCUCCCACAGUUAAACCGUCAGCCUCCAUCCUCUCAGUCUCCUGCGUCUUCAGCGGACAGAGCUCAGUAGAAACUGUACUCUCACCCCCUCUGGUGCACUACUUUGAGCUACAAAGUAGUGGAAAAUGUCAAGUUUAGGAGGAUUUGUUUUCCAUUCUCCAUGAGAGAUGCAGCUCAGCUGACGCAAAAACUUGCAAACAUCUGUGUACACUGAGUUCUAAGAGAGAGCAGAGCAGCGGUGGGCUGAGACCACACUGAGAGCUGGAGCCAAAUAGAUCAUAGUCUAAAGUUAAUCAAAGAGUCAAAUUUGGAAACAUGAAGGAAGAAAAGAGAAGCUACUUUCCAUGAAAUGCCAAUGACAUUCAUAUUUUUUAGUACGCGUCCUCGUCUGACCUUGUCUUGCUGUGUAUGUGUGGGCUUUGACUGUAUGCAUGCACUGAUGCUCAUGCUUUUGUCAAAAAAGUGUGUGUUUAUGAUUAGCAGAAUUGAGCUGUUUUUAGGCUUCGGGCAAAAGCAGUAGAUGUUUGACCCCACGCAACAUCAGUGUCAGUAAAGCCUCAUGGCUAAUCACAACAGAGGCUAAACCAAGAACAGGACGUGUUUGGUCAAUCUGUCAACAAAUCCCAUGAAAACAGGCACUCAAAAAGCAGAUCACCUCUGAGAGAAUUUCUCCAUGAGGCUGUAAGGCUGUCAGAGCAUUCAAGUAUUUGUUUAAUUACUGUCAAACAUUCCAACAGAACAGUAAUGAACUCUGUAUUUGAAUCUUUGCUUCUGAUUUCAGUUCAAAUAAACACAGAAAACAGAAAACUUAAAGUCACUUUCGCUAUAGAUAAAUCAUGAAUGGCAUAAAUUCAUGUUAAAUCUACUUAUGUGUUAAUUCGUGUGUUUUUAGUGUGUCAGGUUUCACCAAAAAGUGUUGAAAUUUUGCAUUUUUCUCCAAAUACUUGUUUAUUAAUUCAAAUUAUAGCUUCAACUAAAGAUUAGCUGGAUUUAUUGAGAUUUUUAAUGAUUUAGUUUUGUAAUCUAAUGGCACACAUUCACUUACAGAAUUUGUAACUAACAGAUAGCAGUAGCAUGCAUUAGCUAGCAAGCUGCUAGCUUGCGCACAUCUGUAUCUAUGAUCAUUUUUACCAAAAUAUUGACAUUUUAGGACCUAUUGAAGGCGCUCACAAUGUAGGAAUCAAGUUCAUAUGAAUCAUUCAUGUAAAAUGGAUCCAACUAAGCACUUAAUGAACAACUUCCUGCUGAGUUCAGUAACUAACAGAGUUAACUUUGGGACUUUGCCAAAAUGUCAAGGAAAAAACGAAGAAAUACAAACAUAGGCUGAAUCCAAAUUCUUCCCCGACUCCUACAUUUCGUCGAACAGAAAGUUAUGGAAAAAAUGUGUAAUCAAAUUUAGGCGUCUCUCCCACUCGAUGAUGUCAUCAACAGUCGCCGGUCAUCUACGUUACCACAUAGCUGCUAGCGCUAGAAAAAUAUGUUUGUUUUAUAACUUUAAAAAGUCAUGCUAAAACACAAAGUCUAUAUUUACAUUUAAAUGUAAACUUCUGUGCUUCAGAGCACACCCACAUGAAGAAAUGUGUUUUUCCUCUGCGGUACAGUGUGACGCGGAAAACACUUGCGGCGGAGUGACACAGAGCUCUCCCUCGCAGGGGGUUUAGCUUAAAAAAAAUAUUUCGGACACCCUACCCCUCCAAAUGCCCUACAAAUCGGAGGGUUGACUGAAUACACACAUGAACUACAAGUGAGACAAAACCAUGUCCAAGAAAAUCCCUCAUGAAGCUCAUGGAAAUGUUUUUAAUUGAUGUUUGUAUUUCCCAGUAUAACAUUUAAAGUGUAUUAGUACCUUUAUGAUUUUAGCAUAUGGCCACAUAUGAAGUCAAACAAGUGUGAGAAAAGGCUUUUUAAAACAUCAAGAUCAGGAAUUUUUAGAUCAAGUUUUCCAUUUUUAAUUAAAAUCUUGGCAAAAAUGAAUAAUUUGGUUCAAAAUGAACAAUAUGGCAUCUUAUUUGUGGACUGCACACAACAAUUCUGACCCUCAGAAAAUAAAAACUAUUUUUUUCAGUUGUAUGUCAAUUGUCACCAAACUAAAGCUACAUAAUACACGCAGCUGUGUAAAGAGUAAUGAAUGCACUUUUUCUGAAAUCCCUGUUGGAAACAUUUCUUUUGUUUUCAUGGGAUUCAUUUACAGUGAUAAAAAUAAAAAAAAUAAUUUAAAUUGCUGUUUAAUGAGUAAAAUCUUUGUUUAGAUAUGAAGAAAUAGUGCUUUGUAUGUUUGUUUUCUAUGUUAAAAGCUUUUUCAUCAGAAUAAAUCACACAUUUUAUGUUAGUUUAUGUUGACAUUUCUGUUUAAAUGUUUUCUUGUAGCAUUUCAGUUCCUUAAUUUUUCUAUUUUAACACUAUAAAACAUGACUUUGCACAGUGAGAGAGCACUAAGUUGAAAAUAAGGCUUUACUGUUCAUAAAAAGCUAUAUCAGGACAAUCUAGAUGUAAUUCCUAUUAUAUCUUUGAUUUUUUUUUCUUAUGUUGUUAACUAAUAAAAAGAUCUAAAGUGUUUCUUCCAACAGGAUGUAACUUUUAUUUUCAAAUUGAUCCCCUGAAAAGUGGUAUAACAAAGCUUACAUUGUGCGGCAGAAGACUCUGGUCUGGCUCCACGAGGGCAGAAAAAGCCACCAUUCGAUGUUAACUGUCAGCUGUUGUGGAAAUAUUUCUUUGUGACGGUGAAAUGAUUCUGGAGACGUUUUGAUCUGAUUGUGUGUCUUUGUGUGCUCACGGAGAGAAUCCUGUUCUUUGGUGUUUGUGACUGUAGUGUGUUUGUUGUGCCUUAAUGGACAUCGUAGUGGUUGAUCAUUUUUCUCAAGUGCCUGUGUUACGCUCACACUGUCUAUUCUUCUGUCUCUGCUGAGAUGAAGCAAAGUCAGUCGUUUGAGGCUUUUGACGUGACUCAGUGUGCAGGGGACGUCUGACUUGGUGAGUCCAGGAGCUUCAUCUGUUUCCUGAGUUAAAUCCUCUCCGUACAACAAACUCAGGUAAAGCCAGGCUUAGAAACUCCUCACAGAGCAGGAGUAGCAGAGUUUCGACUGUUAGAGUGAUCAAACUACUCCUUGCAUUGUCUCGUGACUGCAGUGCUUUACCUUUCGUCUCUCCUUGUCGUGCAGCUCUCGAGCAUCUUCAGCGCGCCUCCUUUAAACCUUUCCUCACUCACACUGGCUUUCUGAGCCAUGUUUCUAUAGUAAGCUCAGUCACAGUCCAGAACAUCACUAAGUGGGUUGGAAACUUUCCAGAGAAUUCCUGUUUGUAACAUGAGCCUCCUUCACUUUUUCUGUGACCUGUUCUUUGAUGUCUUUGAUGCCCACAUCAAAGCUGGUGACGUGUACAAGAAAAAAAUGUGAAAUAAACCCUUUUAAUCGUC